CAGCCGGGGCUUUCUGCAGGGCGCGAGGGCGGGGAAGAGAAACGAACCGUUUCCGGGACACAGACGGAGAGGAGCAAGCGCUUCCGGAGCACGGCCGAUGAGGGUCAUUAAAGGUAGAAUGAAGCCCAUCAACUUGUCGUUUGCAGCCUGUGGGUUUCUGGGCAUUUACCACUUGGGGGCAGCAUCUGCAUUUUGCAGACAUGGCAAGAGGCUGCUGAAGGGUGUCAAGGCCUUUGCCGGGGCUUCUGCAGGAUCCUUGGUUGCUUCUGUCUUGCUAACAGCGCCAGAAAAAAUAGAGGAAUGUAACCGGUUCACCUAUCAGUUUGCUGAAGAAACGAGAAAGCAGUCUUUCGGGGCGAUGACCCCCGGGUAUGACUUCAUGGCCCGGCUGAGGAGCGGCGUGGAGUCCAUCCUUCCUCCCAACGCCCACGAGCUGGCCCACGAUCGACUGUACGUGUCCAUCACCAACACCAGAACCAGGCAGAAUUACCUGGUCUCCCACUUUCCCUCCAGGGAAGACCUCAUUAAGGUUCUUUUGGCCAGCAGCUUUGUGCCCAUCUACGCGGGACUGAGACCAGUGGAAUACAAAGGGCAGAAGUGGGUGGACGGAGGCCUCACCAACAGUCUCCCCGUCCUGCCCGCAGGCCGCACAGUGACCAUCUCCCCUUUCUGUGGACGGCUGGACAUCUCCCCCCAAGACAAAGGGCAGCUCAGUGUGUACAUCAAGGUCACCAACCAGGACGUAAUGUUGUCCCUGCCCAACCUCAUGAGGCUCAACCAGGCCCUCUUCCCUCCAAGCAGAAGGAAAAUGGAAUCCCUGUAUCGGCGUGGAUUUGAUGACACCGUGCAGUUCCUGCACAAAGAAGACUGGUUUGAAUAAAACGCCGGAAAGCUUAGAAGGCACAGCAAGUUGAGGAUCCUUUUGGAGGGCGCCUUCUCAUUAAACCCUUGUUUAAAAAAAAAAAACAAAAAAUUCUGCCAGGACUCUGUCAAUUUAAUUAUGGCCCGUUGCAAUGGAUCUAUCUUUAAUACUUGAAUCAGUGCUUGGUGCAGGGAAGAGGGCAUUUGAUCAGAGUUGGCAGCAUCAGGGGAUGAGGAAUGGUUUUUGCAUCUCCUCCUGCAUCAGGCCACAGGGCAGCGGGGGGAAGAGGAAUCUGAGACAUAGGCUGCAUGCUUUCAGAUCUGGGAGGAACUUAAAUAGACAAAAUGCUGCAGAACACCAAGAGCCAAGUAAACCCAAGUCGACGAGCAAGAAUUAAAAUCCAGAGGAACCAUGCAGAGCCCCGUUUGUAAAUCACACUGUGCGGAUGCCGCGUCCCACUUUGUGAAGCGGCAUCCAAUCACCGAGGGCUGAUUCGCUGACACCGUCUUCAAUCUGUUUUGAUGGGGUUUCGCCAAGCAUGAACUCUUCAUUACCAAGAGGCACUUAGAAACAAACCAAUUUAAUGGCGUGGAUUUAAUUGUCCUGCAUUGCUCUUUUCACCCCCAUGAAACCAUUCUUUAAAUCAGUUUUAUGGUUCUCAAAAGCCCCAAAUACACAAUUUUUUACACACAGACACCAAUUAUGGCCUCUUUUCUUAGGAGUUCUGCAGAGACCCCGUCUACAGUAAUGAUGGUCCUUGGGGUGUGUAUUUCAUCUACGUGAGCAAACGUGGUUGAAUCUCCACAUGUGGCUUUAUUAAGUGACAGGAAGACUGGAUUAUCAGUUCACGUUUGUGCCAGUUUAUUUACUAGCUAAAUUUCCAGCUUUGCCUAAGAUUUUGCACCUUACUCUCUCUCCUUUUGCAAAUAUUCUAUUUGUAUGAUCUUUCCAUAACUACUUUUGGUGUGUGCGGGGAUACCAGGGAUUGAACUCAGGGGCACUCAACUGCUGAGCCCCGUCCCCAGCCCUAUUUUUGCAUUUUAUUUAGAGACAGGGUCUCCCUGAGUUGCUUAGGGCCUCCCUUUGGCGGAGGCUGGUUUGGAACUCUCCACCCUCCUGCCUCAGCCUCCCAAGCCGCUGGGAUGACAGGUGUGUGCACCACCGCAUCCAGCCAUAACUUCUUUCUUGAAGAAAAGUGACUUGCUCUCUUGGAUUUUUUUUUUGAAGAAUGCAUUGUAACCCACUACAUAUAUCCUUGACCAUGUGGGUGGAUGAUCCUUUCCUUAAAAAAAAAGUAUAUUGUGAGAUAUAGACAUAUAAAUGUGCAGCGACUUUCCCGUGCAACAUACAGCAAGAUCUGUACCCCCCAGGCGUUCCUCAGAGGAGGCGUACCAAGUCCUCAGGGAGGCCAGCCACAGAGCGUGCGCUGUCAAUCUCUGGAGUGUGUCCCCGGGUGUCUAGAUAACGGAAUUCCACAUAGGAUCAGCCCCACCAUUGGGGUCAAAAUUUUGCAGCAUGCUUGAACCCAUGGAUACAAAUUCGGAAGAGAUUUUGUGACCCAGAUACUGACAUGUUUGCAGGGUAAUUACUGGGGCAGACUGCUUGGGGAGUCUACAGAGGCAAUUCCCUAAUGUCUGUGGACCCGUCAUUUAAAAUCCAACUCGUCUUCCUUUUCUGCUUUCCAGUCACGGUCUUCGUAACUAUGGGAACCCAGCGCUUCCAUUGACAGCGAGAGAAAAUGAAGUUCAAGGAUGCUCUUGAGGAGCAAGCCAGUGCACUACACAAAGAAAGCAAGGAGUCUGCCCGUUCUGGUUGCCCAAGAUCAGGUGCCAAGGUCAGAUCAGCCAUGCAAGGUCCCAGGAAUCUUGCAAAGAAACUCGCAGCAAUGAACACAUAGAUUCCAUUUACCCUGCUUCUUUCUUUAUCGUAAUGAUUUAAAAAAAAAAAUGAAUACCAUCAUAGGAAAAGUCCCUCUUUAUAUUUAUAAGUACUGAUCAUACAGAGUUCUUCGGACUCCGUCACUCUUUACAGCCGGGGAACCAGUCAUUACCAGAAGUUCACUGCGUUGAGGAUUUUCUUGCUUAAGCUCUAUCUAGAUGACAGCAAAACCAGCCUAAAAGUGGAAGUAAUUAUCUGCAUAACUCGAGGUAGGAGGAGACGCAAGUCCUAUAGUUCAGGAAAUGUGGAGAGUCGUUCCAACGGUGAUCAUGAUUUGCAGACUGACAGUUUUCUUGGGAUGAACUGACCACGUAACUGGUCAGCUCUGCGCUCGAAUUUGUCUCAGCUCAAACCUCAUUCAAGUUCGGCCACCUGUCCCGAUUGUGACUUUUGUCACAAAAGUGUGCUGGUCGGUAUGACAUGUGUCUCUUGUGUCUUCAGCCUGGACCAUGAUGUCACCCUUAUGGUCUUCAUGGCACCAGGAAGUUUGGAGAUUAAAAACCUGGUCUUGUGUUCAUCUCUUGGGGCCGCCAUAUCAAGUACUGAGAACCGGAUGGCUUUGAAGUAGCAUCCAUCCAGCCCGUCUGUCUGUUUUCACAAGAUCAUCUUUCCUGGGUGUAUUUCUAGAUUGAUAGAUAAAUAAAUGUCGUGUCUUGUUCUUAGAAGGACACCAGUCAUUCCACAAGGGACUGACCCUAAAUCUAGACUGAUCUCCUCUUGAGAUCCUUAACUCAUUCCAAUCUGCCUGUUUCCAAAUAACACCCCAUUCUGAGACGUCCAGUUGGGGCAGAGGGGCACUCUUUAAACCAUCACGGUGAUUUUAUAGUGUUUCCCCCAGUUUGAGUGUUUCUGAUGUUUUCUCAGGAUUCGAUUCAGGCUAAAUAUCUUUGGCAGAGGAUUACCCACGCCUAGUGAUGCCUGCCAUGCUUCUUUCCUUUGUAGUUAGUAAAUAUCUUGUGGAGAGAGAUUUUCAGAUUUUCAGAUUUUCUCCUCAUCAAGCUCUCAAAAUUAUUCCUAUCCCAAGGUGUUUAGUUACGUGGCCUCCUGGUUUCCACUGGGUAUAGCCUCUUAUAAUCUAUCCCCACUUAUAUUGACGUUCACAUUGUCCUGAGUGUGCUCAUCGGGAACCUGUUUAGCUGACUCUUGUUGACAGCUCUCGCGGUACUUUGAGCCCUUUCUCACUUUCAGCAACAAGAUAUCUCAGGCUCAUCUUGUUCUUUCUCUGCCUCAGCCUUGAAGUCAUCCCCUUCUCCAAGGGGUGUUGGUUCUGUCUAGUGGAAAUGGUAUUUAUAUUUAUGGUAACUAUAUACCCAAUUUAGUAGACAAAUAACCAUGUUAGUGGUGUGUUGCUGCUACCAGGCUAUCUCAGUGAAACUAGGAAAUUUAUAUGCAUACAGGUGUGGAAGCAUGUAUAUCUACCUACCUAUCUACCUGUCAUCUGUGAUCUGUCUUUUAUCUACCUCUUGCUACUUAGCUUUAUCUAUGCAUCCUUCCAUUCAUUCAUCCAUCCAUCCUUCCAACUAUCCAUCCAUCGAUCCAUCCAUCCAUCAAUCCAUGUACCCAUCAGUCCAUCUAUCCUUCCAUUCAUCCAUUCAUUCAUCCAUCCAUCUUUCCAUUAAUCCAUUUAUCUAUAAAUCCAUCCAUCCUUCCAACCAACCAUUCAUCCAUCCACCAAUCCAUUUACCUGUCAGUCCAUCCAUCCUUCCAACAACCAUCCAUCCAUCCAUCCAUCCAUCUUUCCAUCAAUCUAUCAAUCCAUCCAUCCUUUCAACCAACCAUCCAUUCAUCCAUCCAUCAAUCCAUUUACCUGUCAGUCCACCCAUCCUUGCAACCAACCAUCCAUUCAUCCAUCCAUCAAUCCAUUUACCCAUCAGUCCACCCAUCCUUGCAACCAACCAUCCAUCCAUCCAUCCAUCCAUCCAUCCACCAUCUUUCCAUUAAUCCAUUUAUCUAUCAAUCCAUCCAUCUUUCCAUUAAUCCAUUUAUCUAUCAAUCCAUCCAUCUUUCCAUCAAUUCAUUUACCUGUCAGUCCAUCUAUCCUUGCAACCAACCAACCAAUCAUCCAUCCAUCCAUCAAUCCAUUUACCCGUCAGUCCAUCCAUCCUUCCAACCAACCAUCCAGCCAGCCAGCCAGCCAUCUUUCUUUCCAUCAAUCCAUUUAUCUAUCGAUCCAUCCAUCCUUCCAUCUAUGUAUCCAUCCACCCAUCUUCUAUGAAAACGCAUCCAUUCAGCAGAUACACCCAAUUUCACAGCUCAUUCUAGUUUUGUCUUAUUCUGUUCUUACGGCUCUCCUCUGGCACAGAGAACUCUGUCUCUGGUUAUGAUUAUUCUUCAGUCAGUGCUCCUCGUGGCCCUGAUGCCAUCUCUACUCCCCCGCCGUCCCCUGUGGGGAUACAUGCUCUCUCAGCUGCACUUGGACGGCCCAGGCUAAUUGCUGUGCAGAGUGGGAAUUCUUUGAACGUUUCCUUGUCUUUUCUGUGUCCUCUUAAUAAAAUAGCCUUUACAUCUUGGGCUGCCAUUUCUCUACACUCGUAAACACUUCUCCAUAUUUUGUCCACCCUGCAUCACGUCUUUAUCACACUUCUUCUCAGGUUCCUUCAUCCAUGGGCUUCUUGUGAACCAACUUCCUUUUCCUAAAAUCCAUUGUAUGUUGUCCCUGGUGCGUGGAACACUGCUGCUAGUUGUGUGCUGCUCACGGUGCUCAAUUCUAUCUCCAGUUGUAAGAAACAGAGUCUCCGGGGUAGUCCUUAUAGGCCAUCACACUGACUGUGAUUGUGAGAGCUCUGUUUGCUUGUUUAAGACAAUUAAUUAAUCCUUCCCUACACCCUGACUGUCAGCAUGGCACAGAUGCAGCAAUCCCAUCAAUCCUGUCUUGUUUCUGUUUUAAAAGAAGGUCUUGGGUUUCUUUUGUAAAAUAAAGGAAGGAAAGUUAAAUAAGUUUCAUCAAGUUCACAGGCCUUUCCUUUUCCCAGUUUAUUUAUGAAUAUCAUUUCUCCAGGACUUUUUAUUUUUUUAAUCUGUUCUUUUUAGAUAUUUUUAGUGGAGUGUAUUUAGAUAGGAGGUGUCCCCAGAAGACUCAUGUGAGACAAUACAAGAAUGUUCAGAGGUGAAAUGAUUGAGUUUUGAGAGUCUUAACCUAAUAGUGGAUUAAUUCACUGAUAUGGAUUAAGUGGGUGAUAAAUGUAGGCAGGUGGGGUGUGCUCCCUGGGCUGUGCCUUUGGGGUCUCUAUCCAGUCCCUGGCCAGCAGAGCUCUCUCUGCCCCCUGGUGCCCUGUCCUGAGCUGCUCUCCUCCUCCAGGCCCUGCCGCCAUCUUGUUCUGCCUCCCCUUGGGCCAGAGCCAUGGAGUCGGCCAGCCACAGACUGUAACUCUGAAACUGCAAGUCAAAAUAAGCUGUUCCCCCUCUAAGUUCUUCUUGUCUUGUUGGGUCUUUUGGUCACAGCAACGAAAAACUGACUAACACAUGCAUUGUUUAUAUGUAGUAGGAUUUAAUCUCCCCAUUCAGGAGCAUUUUAGGUCUGAUUCCACACAAGAAGGUUAAUGUGUAGUUUUUGUAUGUCUCUCACAAUUUCUAGGUAUUAGACUUCUUUGUUGCUAUUAUGAAUGAAUUUUGUCAGUUUUUAAAUUUUUCCUGAUAUAAACAUAUCUUGAUAUAAACUUUGUAUGUACCUAGAGACAUUUUAAUGAUUUUUUUCAUAAUAAUUUUUCAGUUCCCUACAUUGGAGUUUUAGACAAUUAUGACAAUUAUGUGUGUAUCAUAUACAGAUUAAAUGUAUAUAAAUACACUUAUAUAUAACUGAAUAUAUAUAUAACACAUAAACUAUAUAUAUAAAUUUCCACGUAAUAUAGAUACAUAGACUAUAUGUACCAUUUUCAUGUAAUUUAUUCAUGUAUCUAUCAAUAAUUAUCUCCUUGGUUCUGAUGUCUGUUGGUCUGUUGACCUUUUGAUAUUUGGAUUUGAAUUUUCAACAGUAAAAUUCUAAAUUUGGGUCCCUAUGUGAAUUGCCUAAAGGAAGGGGAAAAAAAAUUCUCACCAGAUACAGUGAUUUGACAAAUUUCCAUAUGCGUGCUACAUUAAUAAAACAGCUACACUCAAUUAAGAAGUAAAAGAAGUGUCAAUAAAUUAUCAUUCAAAAAUUAUCCACAGUCAAAUGGCAAACCUUAUUCCUCAUAAUAAAGCAUGGAAGAAAUUUUCAUUAUAUCAAGAAUAAAGCAAGUGUGUUUGACAUCUCUACUACGAUGCUAAUUGUUCUGAAAGUGCUAGAAAAGACCGCGAUGGAAUCAAGGCUAAAAAUGGAGAAAAUAGCUCAAUCAUUACCAAUUGUAAAUUUUCCCUAGCACUGUGCGCAACCACAGGUACUCGGUGGUUGAGAAAUAGAUGAAUGGCCAAACGCAUAAGAGUGCAAUUAAUGAGUGGAAGAAAUACAUGACGAAGUUUUCAUCAAAAUGUCUAUAGGCACCUAGGAAAGUUAACUCCGUGUUUAUAUCAGGAGAAAUUCAGAAAGAGGCAAAAUUGAUUCACAAUAGCAAGAGAGAUGCACAAUGUCUAGAAACGUGGAAGACAUAAAGACAUUUAAUUAGGUAUUGUGACAGCAGAAUGCAUUUUGAUUCGUUUUACACAAUUGCACCAUAACUUUUCAUUUCUCUGGUUGUACACAAUGUAGCUUUGCACCAUAUGGGCAGUCACACAUGUACUGAGGUCUAUCUCAUUCUACCAUCUUUCCUACCCCCAUGCUCCAGCCUCAACCCUCCCUCUCCUUUGCCCCCUCAAAGUUCCUCCAUCCCCCUCCCCCCCCAUUAUGGAUCAGCAUCCACUUAUCAGACAGAACAUUCAGCCUUUAGUUUUGGGGGAUUGGCUUACUCUGCUUACCAUGAUAUUCUCCAACUCCAUCCAUUUACCUGCAAAUGCCAUGAUUUUAUUCUCUCUUUAAUGUUGAGUUAAUAUUCCAUUGUGUAUAUAUACCACAUUUUCUUUAUCCAUUCAUCUACUGAAGGGCAUCUAGGUUGGCUCCACAGCUUAGCUCUUGUGAAUUGUGCUGCUAUGAACAUGGAUGUGGCUGCGUCCCUGUAGUAUGGGCUGAUUUUCAGUCCUUUGGGUAUAAGCCAAGGAGUGGGAUAGCUGCGUCAAAUGGUGGUUCCAUUGCAACUUUUCUAAUGUUCUUUUUACUUUUUAAAAAUUCGACAUUUCUCAAUUGGACAUAUUUCAGGGUACAGUGUUGGUAAUUUGAUGUCGCUCAACAAAGUGCAAUGAUCAAAUCA